AUGGCCGCUGCUGUUCUACCAAAUGAUGACUUUUACACAAACACCGAUGAUAAGUCUCUGGAAAUAUUCUCACUUAUCUGGCUCGAUGCAAAUGUAGAUGUUAAAGACAUUCGAGACACAGAAGUAAAAUUACGUUCUAUUAUUAAUCAUAUCAAGAAAUUUCAAGAUGUAAAACAAUGUCGACAUUACAUUGAACACAGAUCACAAAAAGAUCGGUUAGUAAUUAUUGUUAGUGGUCGAUUGGGACGAGAAAUAGUACCCUACAUUCAUCAACUUCGACAAGUUAUAUCAAUUUAUGUUUAUUGUAUAGAUAAGAAGAGUAAUGAGCAAUGGGCUCUAAAAUUCUCAAAAAUAAAAUCUGUUGUUGUUAAUCUUGAUGAGCUUGUCUUCCAAAUCACAACAGAUCAUAAAAUUCAGAAAAAGAUAGAAGAACCUUUAUCGAUUAAUAUCUUCUCAACAGGUAUUAAUGCAGGUAAAUCCACAACAGGAGUUAAUGGACAAUUUGUUUUUUCUCAACUUCUCGUUGACUGUCUUCUACAAUUAAAAUCUACUGACACAGACGAAAAUGAACUUAUUAAGCUUUGUGUAAAUGAAUAUGAAGGAAAUCAUAACGAACUAAGUAAUCUUCGUGAAUUUCAAGAAUAUUAUUUACCUGAUAAAGUGUUAUGGUGGUAUACAAAAGAAACAUUCCUCUACAAGAUUCUUAACGCAGCUUUACGUACACAAAAUAUUCAUGUGAUUUUUUUAUUUCGAUCGUUGAUUUACGAUAUUUAUCGUCAAUUGCAAAAAUAUCAAUCUAAGAAGUUUGUGCGCGUUUAUCGAUGUCAGCUAAUGUCAAACGAUGAAUUAGAUAGUCUUAAACAAAACAUUGGCCAGUUCAUUUCAAUAAGUUCAUUUUUCUCCACCACUGAUGACCGUUCCACAGCUCUCUUCCUCCUAGGUGAUAUAACGACACAGAUCGAUUCGCAACGAGUGUUGUUUGAAAUUGAUGCUGAUCCUAGGAUGGUCAAUACAAAACCAUUUGCUAAUAUUAGUAAACAUAGUUAUUUUCCAGUUGAAUCAGAAGUUCUCUUUAUGAUUGGUUCUAUUUUUCGUCUUAAUAAUAUUGGUCGUAAUGAUGAUCAAAUAUGGAUCAUUAAAAUGACUUUAUGUGGUGAUGAUGAACAUGAUUUAAAACAAGUUCUUAUGUAUAUGAAACAACAAAUUGAAAGUCGUGAAAUGAAUCUUCGAAUAUUAGGAAAUUUAUUAUGGGAAAUGGGUAAAUUUGAUUUAGCUGAAAAAUAUUUUACUCGUUCGUUGAAACAACUCCCAUGGAAUGAUCCAUUACAUAUCAGUUUAUAUGAAGACCUUGGUAAACUCGCAUCACAGAGAGGUGAUUAUGAUUUGAGUAUGAAAUGGCGUAAAAAAUUACUUAGAUUCAAAGAGAAAACUUCAUUAGCUACCAAUGUUAAUGUUAAUAGAACAAACAAUUCCAUAGAACAAUCAAUUCUUUUUAAUUAUAUUAAUAUCAAUACUAAAUGGAAACAACAUGGAAUUACUAUUGCUGGAGGACAUGAAAAAGGCAACCAAUUAAAUCAACUCUCUUUUCCUGAAGAUAUCUAUGUUGAUGAUGAUCAUCUAUCUAUUUAUAUUGCUGAUUGUUACAAUCAUCGUAUUGUUGAAUGGAAAUAUGGAGCAAAGAAUGGUCAAGUUGUUGCAGGUGGAAACGGAAUUGGAAAACGGAGUGAUCAAUUGAAUUAUCCAAGGAGUGUUAUUGUUGAUAAAAAAAAUGAUUCUCUCAUCAUUUGUGAUCAAUGGAAUAGACGAGUGGUACGAUGGUCUCGUCAAAAUGGUGAAAAUGGAGAAACAAUCAUUUCCGAUAUUCAUUGCUAUGGUCUGACAAUAGAUAAGAAUGGAGAUCUUUAUGUCUCUCAUAGCUGGAAGAAUGAAGUGAGACGAUGGAAACAAGGAGGGAGAGAAGGAACAAUAGUAGCAGGUGGAAAUGGAAAAGGAAAUCAUCUCGAUCAACUCAAUUGUCCUACUUAUAUCUUUGUUGAUAAAGAUCAUUCAAUUUAUGUAUCGGAUACACACAAUCAUCGUGUCAUGAAAUGGAUGAAAGGUGCAAAAGAAGGUAUUAUUGUUGCUGGUGGGAAUGGUAAAGGGAAUAGCUCGACAAAAUUAUCUAAUCCUCGAGGAUUGAUUGUCGAUCAUUUGGGUAAUAUUUAUGUGGCUGACUGGGACAAUCAUCGAAUAAUGCGUUGGUGUAAAGGAUCUAAGGAGGCUAGUAUUGUUGUUGGUGGAAAUGGAAUUGGAAAACAACCAAAUCAAUUUAGUUAUCCCACAGGCUUAUCAUUCGAUGUUCAAGGUAAUCUCUAUGCUGCCGAUUGUGAUAAUCAUCGAGUUCAAAAAUUUGAAAUUGAUUUGAAUUAA